GAGUUUCGAGUCUCAAACUCCCUCCAAAAGUGGCCAUAUAUAGAUAUAGUAGUAGCUUCACUCACCCGCCAAUUGCCCAACCGGUUCGCCCAAAGCCCCAAACCCGGCUCUCUAAAACCCUAAAACCCCAAAUCCCUCCAUGGCCUCGACCUCCUCUCGGACUCAUGGCAUCGCCGGUCGGAUCCGAACCGCCGCAACCAAUCUUUACUCCGACAACCAGUCCCUGCUCGGCGAUAUUCGAAAAUCUUUCAAUGUGUUGAAGGAAGUUGCUGUUGAUUUGGAGAGAGCUAAUCAGUUUGACAAGGUGAAGGAGAUUGAAAAUGCUGCUGUUGAAUUGCUGGCUACUUGUGAACACUGUAUGCAUCUCUCAUCAGCAAUUCAAUAUGUUGGAGAUAACUAUGAACCUCCUCCAGAGCCUAGUCAGCUUACUGAUUUUGAGAAGUUGCUCAAAAAUGAGGUUGCAAAGCAAAAGGCUAAAUCAUCUUCAACUACAGUAAACCAUUCUAUGAUACGUCAAUUCCGGGAAGCUGUCUGGAAUGUUCAUCAUGCAGGACAGCCUAUGCCAGGUGACGACCAGGAGGACAUCGUAAUGACUAGUACUGAUGGCAAUCUUCGGAAUACCACUUGCCCAGUAAGUGGAAAGGCUAUCACGGAUUUGGAAGAUCCAGUCUGCAGUGUUGACUGCAAGCAUAUAUAUCAAACAAAGGAGAUUAUGCAUUACUUGCAGUUAAAGGGGGGACGUGGACCAUGCCCAAUUGCAGGUUGUCCUAAGAUGUUGCAGGCGGACAAAUUGGUUCGUGAUCCAUUGCUACUAGUUGAAAUUCAAGAAUUGCGUGAUAUGAGGAAGCACCAGACCGCUGAUACUAACGUGAUAGAGGAUUUCACUGAGCUGGAUGAAGACUGAUUAAUGGUUCACGGAUUUGAAACGGAGUAGACUAGUUGUCUAUGUUUAAGUGCCUUUCCUAAACUGAUUUUUGUAAAGUGCCCUGGUUUAGGAGUUGACAGCAAUUCGGUAUAUGCUUAAAAUCACUUCAAGGAAGUUCCUUGUAUUCCUAUCUUAUGUUUGGCAUGGUACGUCUUUCAAUUUUUGGACUUUGCUAGUGGGAUGUACUUCUGGCAAAAUGUUCGAUUCUAUAAUGGAACAAUUAGCUUCCUAUCCAA